AUGGAGGCCAGUCACCCCUCCGCCGCUGACCCGACGCGUGAGAAUUCUACGCUACUCAAAAUCAUCCACUGGGACAAGUUGUUCGAAUCCGACAGCCCUCCCCGGUUGGGCAUUGAGGUCGGCAAGCGCAUACCAUACGCGGCAAUGUCAGCGUUCUCAACGGGAUUGGCACUGGGAUACUAUCACGGCAGCAAAAAGGCCGGCCUCGUGUUUCGGGCGGAAAAUGCGCAUCGCUUCCCGACUUCGUCAACAGGCUGGUUCCAAUAUCAUAAAACAAAGAACUACAUUGGUAUAGUUGGAGGUGCAAAAGAUGGAGCGAGAAUGGGAUUCAAGUUGGGUGCUGGUGCACUUGCCUUCUGUCUGUUUGAGGAGACAGUGGACUAUGCUCGGCACGACAAGAGAGACUUUUUAUCCACGGUCACUGCUGGGUUAUCUUUCUCUGGAAUCUACAGUUUGUUAGCUCGCCACGAUGUGUACACUGCCGCCCGCACAGCGAAACUUGGUUUGAAACUGAGCUUGGCAUAUGGACUUUUGCAAGACGGCCUUGAAACUUUGAAAGGAAACCACCCUAAAUAUCUCGAUUUCGUCAUGGGCGGCCGUCGAUUGAAACUUGAAAAAAACGAGAAUGAACGCUCCAUCUGA